AUGAGGCCGGCUCAGGGCAGCACCCCUUGGACACCGCUCCCUGACCCACCGCAGCUUUGCCGGGCGGUGGAACCGGGGGUGCCCCUCACGCACCUCCCUCCCCUCAGAGCGGUCACUGGACUCGCCCCUGCCCCGAUCCGUCCCAAGGGGAACACGACAGAGGUUUUUGCCCAGCUUCAGCAGGCAGAACCGCAGCCCUGGGCGCCGGUACCCGCCCGACCGCUCCUCCCUCCGCUGACCCACCGGCUGCCGGGGCGAAGCGGUGCCCCGGCCCCGCAGCCUUCCCCGGCCCCGCUCCGCGCUGCAGCCGCUCCGGCCGCGCCGCUCCGGCCGCACUCAGCCCGUGCCCCGGAUCUGCCGGCGGAAGCGCUUCCCGGUGCCCGGCGCCGUCACAGCCGGCGGGCGGCGGCAGGCGGGGCCGGGGCUCUGUCGCGCCGGCUUGGGGCCGCCCCUGUACCGCUGCUCCCCGUCGAAUAUCUCUCUCGGGAGCCGAGGCGUUUUCCUGCCUUGCUGAAUCCAGUGCGAGUUGGCGGGCACAUCAGCCAGCAUGCGGGCUCUUGA